AUGGAAACAAAGCAAGGAGCUGAUUUGAUCAGCAGCUUACCCCCGGAUAUCCUGCUGUUCAUUGCUUCAAAGAUCCCUUUAAAAGAAGCAAUAAGAACGGCUGUUCUGUCUACUACAUGGAAAAGCUUAUGGAAAGGAAGUAGUACAUUGAAGCUGGAAAUGGAGGUCUCUUCUCAAACAGCAGAUCUUGAAACCAGGGAGAAGAUAAAACAGAGUAUUGGGACAUUUUUAAUGCGCUCCAAUCAUCCCGAGAGAUUGAGACUCUGUAUCAACUCUGUCCGUGAAGAUUACUCCAGUAAUUAUACUUCCAAAAUUGUGGAUCAAUCAAUGGCUGUUGUUAUCAAAGGAAAAGACGAGCUCCACUUUGAAUUCUUUGGUGGAGAAUAUCAAGAACAAUUGAAAUCGGUGAGAACCAAAUUCAAUCUGAUUCUCGAAGCGGGUACGCUAAAUGUUGAUGGGUUUUCUACCCUGAAGCGUCUUCAUCUCAGAUCAGUCACCCGAGUUGGACAUUAUUUGUUGCCGGAAUUGUUCUCGAGCUUUGUGUCUUUGGAGAGUUUGACGAUUGAGAAGUGCAGCGAGUUGUUGAAUCUCGAGAUUAAAGCAAACAGCUGUCUUCGGGAGCUGAGGAUAAUCGAUUGCUUAAACGUUUACAUCACUCAAUUAAUAACUCCCGGGAUGCAAACCUUUCAUCUUCAAGGAAUUUUUUCGACCGUUCCGAUCGAUGCACCAGAAUUAGUUGAUGCCACGUUGAAUUUCAGGCACGGGUUCCGCAGUAAGUACUACUUCACUUGCCAGGAUGUUAUCCGGAUGCUUUUUCCGUUCAGGGAUGUAGAGAAACUCACAAUAAGCGGGUGGCUUCUUGAUUGCUUGUCAAUGCCUGGUGUCAUUUACGGGCCGUUUGGGUUCAAGUUUGAAAACCUGAAGGAAUUAACAUGUAUCGAUUCUGGAAUAGACGCAUUGAAGUGCGAAUCCUUAGCUUUUUUCUUAAACAACGCAACCAUUCAGCUGGAGCGGCUUCUUCUCAAGGGAUAUAAGCACAAGCCUCAUGUGUGGGAGGAAAAUGUGGAAGUGGAAUCGAUUGUUUCACAAUUGGUGCAUUUGAAGACGAUCCAACUCGUGGGAUUGACGGGCAAGGAAGAUGAAUUACUGCUAAUGGAUCUUCUGCUACAUAUGGCAGUAAACGUGAAAGAGAUGGUAAUGACAUUUCCAGAUAAAACUUCGUGGAAGAACUAUAACAAUAUUUCCGGGAAUUGUGUGAUGGCCGGUUUAGAGUAUUCAGGCAAUGCUAUAGAGAAGGAGCCCGAUUUCUCGACGGUCGAUUUCCCGGAUGAGAUUGUGCAACUCAUACUUUCCUUCAUGUCCUUAAAAGAAGCAGUUCAAAGUACUUGCCUGCUUUCCACUUCUUGGAGCCGCCUCUGGAAACCGAUGGCCGUGAAUUUAGAUACCGACGAUCAAAAUCCGGCGGACUCCAUUCAUCCACUCGGCGACAAAAUGAAGCAAGUCAUUUCUGAGUUUAUAGAUAAUCAUGAUACGCCGCGGAAGUUGAAAAUUUCUGUUGGCCGUAAAAUCGUAUUGGUGGCUACCAAAGGAUAUGGUAAUGAGCUUCACGUUGACUUCGGCGAAAAAAACAAGGACAAGUCAAAUUUUAUACUGUUUGAAUGUUGUCUUCCCAGCGGCAACCAAAAUUUUCCGGCUAGUUUUCAUUCCCUCAAGACGCUUCACCUUCGGUCCAUCAAUAUUGCAGGUCUGGCACAGAAUUUCAUCUCGUCUUUGUUACUUUACUGUUGUUCCCUUGAAAGCUUGAAGCUCGAAAAGUGCGAGGAAUUACGAUGUAUCAAGAUCGUGAUGCGUAGUCGUCUUCGAGUUCUCGAGUUUUCCGAUUGUUCAAACGUUGAUAGCAUGAUUAUCUCCGCACCUAAUCUCAGAACUUUGUACUACAAUGGAGUUCUGCCGACAACGAUUCAAUUACGAGGCACUCCACAUUUGGUUGAUGUCAAAUUUGACGUGGGAUCAUGUUCUUCUUCUGUUGGCCAAAGCCAGAAAUUUGACUGCGAGGAGCUCAUUGAUUUUCUUUCCAGUCUCAGAGAAACUGAAUUCCUCACCAUAAGCGGUUGGAUCAUAGAGAUGGAUGAAAAGAGGAAAAGUUUAGCAGCUCCAUAUUUUCACGAGUAUUGGCACGAGCCACACCUGUGGAUGGACUAUAAAAUGGUGAAGUCAGAGGCUUCACAUCUCGUACACCUUAAAUUUAUCAAGCUCAUGGGUUUCUCAUCAUUAAUCAACUCGAAGAAUUCCAAACACGAGGAUCGUGACGGGUUGUUGAUGUUGAUGGAUAUUUUGCUACACAAGGCCGUAAACCUUAAGGCGAUGAUUGUUGAUGAUUCGUGGAUCGUCUCGAAGGUGCCUUCCAGUCAUACAUCAAACUGGAAACCAAAUGAUUCCAGGCGUACGAUAUUGGUGUCUUCCAUGCACGAGGAAUCUUUGUUUAUAUUAACAAAAAUGGAACCUUGA